ACGAAACAAAGAUGGGUGAGAGGAAGAUGAUGCAGCGUGAGAGAAAGCAGGGCCGCCGUAAAAAGGUAGAAACUCCCCAUCGAAAAAAUCGGCGAUGGUGGUGUUACGCAUUCCCUCGCCCUAAUCUUCCAUUCGAGACGACAAAUUCGUUGAUGGUUAAAGAAAGUAUUGGCGGAUCCGGCGGCGUCACCAAGUCAUGGAGAUCAUCGCCGUCACCUUGUCUUCUUCUUUCCACAUCAGCCGCCGCCGCGUAUCCGCCGCAGCUUGUGGAAAGGAAUGUUCCUUCUGUCGAAAAGCCCGAAUACUGGUACUAUGGAUAUUCAGAUUGGGACUUCACAAUUCCCUUCAAAUCUGUCAAGUGUUCGGCCGUGAAGGUCCAUCACAGCGCCUCCGGAGAUAACUGGACGGUCCCUGCUUUUGAAUUCCGCAGAGAUCAGUAUUACCGGCGUUACUAUUAUGACAUCGGCACGGUCCCAAGGGGGAGGAAAAUGAAAGAUUGCAAGGUAAUUGAUCCUUAUUCAUCAAGUAGUGAUCAUCCAUAUAUGGAGUUCACAAAUUUUAUUAGUUUUGAAGGAAAAUACUUUGCAAUCAGCCGGCAGGGGUGUCUCGCAAUUAUUGCCAAGAAUAGUACAGGUGAUUUUGAGAUUACUGCAUUAGGAAGUAAUCGAGUUGUUCCUUCAAAACCAUCAAGGCUCUUCAGGGAGUUCUUGUUGCAUUACAAAGGAGAAAUCUUUGUAGUUUUUUUAAUAUCAUGGAGAGGCGGAUCAUCGGUCAAUGUGGUGGAUGAUGUCGAAAUUUUACGAUUGGAUAAAUCGAGAUUGGCUUUUAGAAAGGUGGAGAAGCUAGAAGAUGAUACAAUGUUUUUCUUGGAAGAUAAAUAUUGCAUGGCAUUUUCUGCUAGCUUAAUUGGUUGUCACAAUGGAGGAAACUGUGUUUAUUUUACCACUACUACUGCUCAUGAUGAUGGAAAUGAAGGUGAAAGUCAUACUUGGUUUGUUUACGAUCUGAAGACAGGUUGCAUUUCACCUACAAAUGGACCUGAAAUUGAUCCUUAUCAUUAAUUUGGUAUAAUUUAUUAUCUCAUCGCAAUAUGGAUAUCUGUAAAGGAUGGAUGUCAUAUUUGUUUUCGUUUUCAUUUUGUUGUGUCUAGUUAAGCAGUGGGUUUCCAAAAUGGAACAGCCCAGUUCCCUUUAAGCAGUGGGUUAUAUCUAAUUUUUUUUUAAAAUUAGAUAUAGAAAUACAUGUAUAUGAUUGAUAUAAUAAUUUAUAAAAUGUAGGUAACAUCUUAAUGGUAAAGUAAUUUUGAACACCUAACACUUAGUUGCAAGAUCUGCCACUGUCUGUAAGGCACAACACCUUCGGAAAUUUAAUGGUCAUCAACCGGUGUGAGCUCUCCUGCUUUUGCCUUCUAUAGAUGGGAUUUCAAAAAUCAAUAUAAACAAAGGUAUGGCGUGAUAUACUCCCAACAGUUCAAGCUCUAAAUUUGCAAACACGAGCUUCACUGGGUAUGUUUGGUUCAAGAAAUGUCAGAUUACCAUGUGAAUGUCAGAUCGCUGGGUAUGUUAGAUUGAUGGGAAUGUAUUCAAUUUGUACUCAUUUGUGUUUGGUUAAGACUAAAGGAAUGCGACAUUAAUUUGUUUGGUUAAAUCAUGUACUAUCCUCCGUCUCUUUUUAAUCGCAACGUGUUGACUUUUUGCACUGUUCA